AUGGCCAUCCGAUGGGGACUAUGCGGCGCCGGGAAGAUCAGUCAUGACUUCAGCGUGGCACUAAAUACUCUUCCUGCUGAGCAUCACCAGAUACAGGCGAUUGCGUCAAGGAGUUUAGAGCGGGCACAAGAGUUCGCCAAGCAGCACGGUGUACUCAAAGUGUACAGCAGCUAUGAAGAGCUGGCUAAGGACCCAAACAUUGACAUUGUCUACCUGGGAGUGUUGCACACAGAACACUGGCGAGUGGGCCUCCUCUUCCUCAAUGCUGGCAAGAAUGUUCUUUGUGAGAAACCCUUCGCCAUGAACUCCAGGCAGGUGAAAGACCUCGUGGGUGCCGCUAGGAAGAACAAGGUAUUUUUGAUGGAGGCCGUCUGGUCCCGGUGCUUCCCGGCCUACACUGAAGUGCGCCGGGAGCUGGCUGAGGGUUCCGUGGGGGACGUGAAGCUGGUCAAGGCCUACUUCGGCUCGCCUCAACUCAGCAUCCCGCGUUCGGUGGAGAAGGACCUCGGGGGCGGGGCCUUGCUGGACAUCGGCAUGUACUGCCUGCAGUUUGUCCUGAUGGUCUUCGACGGGGAGAGGCCGGAGUCUAUCCAAGCCACGGGGGUGCUGCUUGACUCGGGAGUGGACGAGUCAAUGGUUGUGGUGAUGAAGUUUUCCCAGAAGAGGAUGGCUGUGUGCACAUUCUCCAUCGCUGUCCGUCUUCCCAACGACGCCGUCAUUAGCGGCACCAAGGGAUCCAUUCAAGUGUGCGGGCCCAUGCAUUGUCCCACCAGGCUGGUGGUUAACGGAAAAGUGAGCGAUUAUCCUCUACCAGAACCUGCCCUCCCCCUGAACUUCACCAACAGUACUGGACUUCGCUACGAGGCUGAGGAAGUGAGGCAAUGUCUGCUUAAAGGUCUCAAGGAGAGCCCACGGAUGCCUCUGGCAGACUCCAUCUUACUGACAGAGAUCAUGGAUGAAAUCAGGAAGCAGGUGGGAGUCGUCUUCAGCCAGGACAGCCAAUGA